CUAGGGAGGCGGCGGGCGGGGAGCGAGCAAAGCAGAGCUAGCGGGUGAGGCCGGUGUCCCCCCCCGCCACGGCGGCGCCCGGGGUCUUGGUCCACGCCGCGGGGAGGACGAACUUCAUCAGGUCACUCUUCCUCAGGAUGAAUUAAGAGAGGACGAUCCGUAGUUGUUAAGAAUGGAGAACAGCAUGUCCGUUUCUAGCAUGCAGGACCCUUCAUCUUCACCCUUGGAAAAACAUCAGAGCUCAGCUGACCGUAAUGGAGAUCUUGAUUCAGAAGAAGGCUCAAGCUUGGAGGAAACCGGCUUUAACUGGGGAGAGUAUUUGGAAGAGACGGGGACCAGUGCAGCUCCUCACACAUCGUUCAGACAUGUUGAGAUCAGCAUUCAGAGCAACUUCCAGCCGGGGAUGAAGUUGGAGGUAGCCAACAAGAAGAACCCGGACACGUACUGGGUGGCCACGGUCAUCACCACCUGCGGGCAGCUGCUGCUUCUGCGUUACUGUGGUUACGGGGAGGACCGCCGGGCCGACUUCUGGUGUGACGUGGUGAUCGCGGACCUGCACCCCGUCGGGUGGUGCACGCAGAACAAUAAGACCCUAAUGCCCCCGGAUGCAAUCAAAGAGAAGUACACGGACUGGACUGAAUUUCUCAUUCGUGAUUUGACUGGUUCCCGGACGGCCCCAGCCAGCCUCCUAGAAGGUCCUCUGCGAGGGAAAGGCCCUAUAGACCUCAUUACAGUUGAUUCCUUAAUAGAGCUCCAGGAUUCUCAGAGCCCUUUUCAGUACUGGAUAGUUAGUGUGAUUGAGAAUGUUGGAGGAAGAUUACGCCUUCGCUAUGUGGGAUUGGAGGACACUGAAUCCUAUGACCAGUGGUUGUUUUACUUGGAUUACAGACUUCGACCAGUUGGUUGGUGUCAAGAGAAUAAAUACAGAAUGGACCCACCUUCAGAAAUCUAUCCUUUGAAGAUGGACUCAGAGUGGAAAUGUGCUCUGGAGAAAUCCCUUAUUGUUGCUGCUAACUUUCCUCUUCCAAUGGAAGUGUUUAAGGACCACGCAGAUUUGAGAAGCCAUUUCUUCACAGUUGGGAUGAAGCUAGAAACAGUGAACGUGAGGGAGCCCUUUCACAUCUGUCCUGCAUCAGUGACCAAGGUUUUUAACAAUCGUUUUUUUCAAGUGACUAUUGAUGACCUCAGACCAGAACCUAGUAAACUCUCGAUGCUGUGCCAUGCGGAUUCUUUGGGGAUUUUACCAGUACAGUGGUGCCUUAAAAACGGAGUCAAUCUCACACCUCCCAAAGGUUACUCUGGCCAGGACUUCGACUGGGCAGAUUAUCACAAGCAGCAUGGGACAGAAGAAGCGCCUCCCUUCUGCUUCAGAAAUACGUCAUUCAGCCGGGGCUUCACACAGAACAUGAAACUUGAAGCUGUGAACCCCAGGAAUCCGGGCGAACUCUGCGUGGCCUCUGUCAUUGCUGUGAAGGGGAGGCUGAUGUGGCUUCACCUGGAAGGCCUGCAGAGUCCGGCUCCAGAGUUCAUUGUUGACGUUGAAUCCAUGGACAUCUUCCCCGUGGGCUGGUGUGAAGCCAACUCCUACCCUCUGACCACACCGCACAAGACAGUCUCACAAAAGAAGAGAAAGAUCGCAGUUGUGCAACCAGAAAAACAAUCGUCAUCCACAGUGCCUGUUGAGAAAAUACCUCACGACCUUUGUUUAUUCCCUCACCUGGACACCACAGGUACCGUCAACGGGAAGUACUGCUGUCCUCAGCUUUUCAUCAACCACAGGUGUUUCUCGGGCCCCUACCUCAACAAGGGGAGGAUCGCAGAGCUGCCUCAGUCGGUGGGACCAGGCAAAUGUGUGCUGGUCCUUAAAGAGGUUCUAAGCAUGAUCAUCAAUGCAGCCUACAAACCUGGACGGGUAUUACGGGAAUUGCAGCUGGUGGAAGACCCACACUGGAAUUUUCAGGAGGAGACACUGAAGGCCAAGUAUAGAGGCAAAACAUACAGGGCCGUGGCCAAGAUCGUCCGAACAUCUGACCAAGUAGCGGAUUUCUGCCGCCGUGUUUGUGCCAAGCUCGAAUGCUGUCCAAAUUUGUUCAGUCCUGUGCUGGUUUCUGAAAACUGCCCGGAGAACUGCUCCAUUCACACCAAAACCAAAUACACUUAUUAUUACGGGAAGAGAAAGAAGAUCGUUAAGCCCCCGAUUGGAGAAAGCAGUGUUGAAAGCGGACACCCUAAACCGGCCAGACGCAGGAAACGACGAAAAUCCAUUUUUGUGCAGAAGAAACGGAGGUCCUCUACCGUGGGCUUUGCCGCGGGCUCCGGGGAGGAAAGUGAAGAGGAGGAUGCAGACGCCCUGGACGAUGACACCGGGAGUGAGGAGACCGGCUCCGAGCUCCGUGAUGACCAGACGGACACGUCCUCGGCCGAGGUACCCUCCGCCCGGCCCCGGAGGGCCGUGACCCUGAGGAACGGCUCGGAGCCCGAGCGCCGGGCGCCCUUGGAGAGGACGCGGAGGGGCCGGAGGGCCCAGGCCACCCCCAGCGCCGAGGGGGCCCCCGGGGGCCCGGCCUCCAGCCAGCAAGCAGCGGAGGCAGUGAAGCAAGAGGAGGAGGAGAGGCUGGUCCUGGAGAGCAACCCCUUGGAGUGGUCGGUGACAGACGUGGUGAGGUUCAUCAAGCUGACGGACUGUGCCCCCCUGGCCAAAAUAUUUCAGGAGCAGGAUAUCGACGGCCAGGCCCUCCUGUUGCUGACGCUCCCCACGGUGCAGGAGUGCAUGGAGCUGAAGCUGGGCCCCGCCAUCAAGCUGUGCCAUCAGAUCGAGAGGGUCAAGGUGGCUUUCUAUGCCCAGUACGCCAACUGACCCCGCCCACUCCGCCCGCCGUCCCGGUGAUGCAGCGUCUCGUGUCUGGAAAGGUU